CAUAGUGAUAGCCUCAUAGUUCCCAGCAGAAACGACCCGAAGACCAAAGUUUAAUCAUUCUUAUUUCACAAAAAGCCAACCACUGCGUGAAUCAUGUUGGACCUAGGGGGUAAAAGAGCACCGAACGUUGGCUCCACCGCCAGUGUCAACGGUAGCAUACAGGACAGAGUGUACGGCAGUGUCAUUUUUCAGGAAUCUGCUGGUAAUGUACGAGAUUACACUGGCGCCGACGACUUUGCCCUACUACAGACCCUGUUCACCAACUUUAGCAACGAACUUGUCAACGUGUCAACCACGGAAGUUCCUUACACCCCAUACAUGCGGAGGCCGGAAACUUAUAUAGUACCGAUUCUGUUUGCUGCUAUAUUCAUCGUUGGCGUGCUGGGCAACGGAACGCUCAUCAUCGUUUUCCUGCGACAUCGUGCCAUGCGAAACGUGCCAAAUACCUAUAUAUUAUCAUUAGCAUUAGCAGACUUGCUGCUAAUAGUGACAACUGUUCCGUUUACGUCAAUUCUCUACACGGUGGAUUCCUGGCCCUGGGGAAGCUUACUUUGCACUUCAUCCGAAUUCAUCAAAGACGUCUCGAUUGGUGUGUCGGUGUUCACACUGACCGCACUUUCCGGUGACCGGUUCUUUGCCAUCGUUGAUCCACUGCGAAAAUUUCACGCUCAUGGUAGUGGACGGAAAGCAACACGGAUGGCCAUCACCAUUGCCGUUCUCAUAUGGAUACUGGCGAUUGUAUUCGCCAUUCCUGCAAUCCUUGGGUCACAUAUCAGGACGGAAAAAGUGAACAAGGACAUAACGAUUGACUUUUGCUACCCAUUUCCGGGAAACUGGGGCCAGGAAUAUGCCCGCGGUAUAGUUCUCGGAAAGUUCCUAGCGUACUACGCGAUACCACUGUGUAUUAUAGCAAUGUUCUAUGUGCUGAUAGCACGACAUCUGAUACACAGUGCGAAACAUGUGCCUGGUGAAACGCAAGGAACGGUUAGGCAGGUUAAAGCUAGGCGAAAAGUUGCCAUCACCGUGCUGGCGUUUGUCGUUAUAUUCGGGAUCUGCUUCCUGCCGUCGCAUCUCUUCAUGCUGUGGUUUUACUACAACCCUAACUCCCAGGAAAACUACAAUCACUUCUGGCAUGUACUGCGGAUAGCCGGAUUUUGCUUAUCAUUUGCUAAUAGUUGUGCUAACCCUGUCGCACUCUAUUGCGUGAGCGGUGCCUUUCGCAAGCAUUUUAACAGGUACCUGCUGUGCGAGGGGUCUUCCAGUGCCCGCCGACGUCGAGGCGAUAACCUGGGCCAUCGGGACACAUCCAUGACGAGCACCAUGUCCAGGCGAUACCCCAGCAAACGGAUAGGAGCGCAGUCGGUGCGAGUGAACAUGCAUGAGACUACAAUUAUCAUGCUUCCGAACGGGACUAACACAAACGGAAACCAUCUGAGCACCAAUCAACCGGAUAGAGAUGGAAUCUGCCCGUCGUAAUAGGAGUGCCAUUUUAACAGAUAAAACGCUGACAAAAAUAUCACAUGCAACCUUGUGCAGUCCAUGGCACGUUUAAGUGCUCCGACCAAAGCAUACAUAUAAUACCACAUGACUUUGUUAAAGAUAGGAGGAUACACUUCACACACAACACAAUUGGCGGUAUCAAUCACGAAAAAUGUCAACCGCACAUCGCAAUCAUCAUCUAUUUCAACCCCUCAUACUCAAACACACGAAAGGACCAAGAGGAUGGCGUUUCACUUAGUUAGAAUUAAAUGAGAAACCUGGCCGGAGAUUUAUCUAAAUUGAGAAGAAGCGGCUCUAGAAUCUGUUGCUCCAGCAAUCAGAACAGAAGGUCGGGUCCACAUCGGUCGGCAAACAACAAACUGGGUGCGACCAUUGUUCGGAGACAAUGCGAUAAGUCGUCAGAAAAGAUGGUAGAAAAACGACGAGUCCUUCUCGUUUCACCAGAAGGCGAUUCACGUAUGCUCUAUACUAGCUUGCGGUAAACGGUGCUUAUGUUUUCUGUGUAAGUAAGGGUCCUGCUGCACAUCCGAUGCAAAGGAUAGGCCAAGCUAAUUGUUCCACUGGUCGAACAAUCUGAAAAGCGACUUUCCCAAGAAAACACAAAAAGGUCCGGCAAGCGGAAAAAACACGACCAGAUAACAGAAAAUAAUUGGGUCUAAUUACGCUUUUCGCCUCCUAGUCAUUCGGAAUGUGGCCUUGUAAAUGUGAUAAAACACUACACAGCUACAUGGGUGUUACGCCAAGAGCGUGAGAGGGGUGUGUGUGCCUGAUUUCUAGGCCACAACGAGUAUAAGUUCAGCAUUUAAAACUACUAUCUAUGCUACAGAUUAUGGAAUGCAACCGACAACAAAGAGAAUACAUUUAUAUUACUUUCGCUGUUAGGUU